GGCGGAGGAAGAAACUUCCCAUGGAAGCCCGGAGAGCCAGGGAGCAUCUGCACAGACACAGCUUCACUCCGGGGACCCACAGAACAGAGAAACUGGAGCCGGCAGAGACCUGAGGAAGAGCGGAUUGCCCGAACCGCACUCACCUAAUACAGGGAGCAAGCAACCACUAUACAGAGUGCUGCUAUUCAACUGCCGGGAUUCAUCUACAGAGAGAGUGACUUACUGACCCCCACUAUACAGAGAGAGGGACCCACUGAUCCCCAAUAUAAAGAGAGAGACCCACUGACCCCAAUAUAAAGAGACCCACUGGCCCAAUAUACAGAGAGAGACCCACUAACCCCAAUAUAAAGAGGCCCACUGACCCCAAUAUAAAGAGACUCACUGACCCCAAUAUAAAGAGACUCACUGACCCCAAUAUACAGAUAGAGACUCACUGACCCCAAUAUAAAGAGACUCAUUGACCCCAAUGUACAGAUAGAAACUCACUGACCCCAAUAUACAGAGAGAGAGACCUACUGACCCCCAAGACCCACUUACUCCCAACAUACAGAGAGAAAGACCAACUGACCCUCAAACUACAGAGAGACCUAGUGACCCCCAGAGUACAGAGAGAGAGAGAUCAUAGACCCCCAACAUACAGAGAGGAACCCACUGUACUUCCACUAUACAAAGAGACACCUACUUCCCCCAAUAUACAGAGACACACAGACUACACAUAUAGACAGAAACUACAGACCGCUUUUAUACAGAGACCUAAACUUAUAGAGUGCAAACUGCAAUACACAAUUAUAAUGAUCAAAGAGACAUGCCAAUUUACACUCCAGACACAAUGUAUAUAGACCACACUGCAAACUGGAGACACCUAAUAGACUGAGACACAUCCCCUCCUAAUCGGCAGGUGCCUAAUAUGCAGAGCUAUCCACAAUGAAAGGCAUCCCAUGCACUUACACUGUAGAUAUUAUUAUACACAGACACCCCUUAUUAUACGUCACAUUAGUAAUAUAAGAAGAGACACUGCUAUUACACUUUAGAUGUCUAACAUAAAGACAUAAACCCACAAUUGGUCUUAAAACAUGGAUUUACAGACAAUCCAGCAAAUUAGACGUUAAAGAGAAUAUUCCUGCGAACUCAGAACAAAGUUUAAUAGAUCCAGUCUAUAGAUCCUCAUACAGAGUUUGAUGCCCACCGAUCUUUACAUAGAGAGCUCAGUGCUUUCUGCUCUGACAUUGCCCGUUCCAUGUACACACACUGAGUCCUGUAGACAUAGCUCCACAUAUACAUCACAUUGAGCGCUUACACUGAGUUUCCCCUCAUUCCACAUUACCUUCAUACAGACAUGUUCAUUUAAGAACUUUCCCAAUUCCUUAUACAGAAUUAUAAUAUUGCACAGACCCACUUACACUGCACAGACCCACUUACACUGCACAGACCCACUUACACUGCACAGAUCCCACUUACACUGCACAGAUCCCACUCACACUGCACAUACCCCUCUCAUACUGCACAUACCCACUCACACUGCACAUAUCAUUCACACUGCACAGACCCACUCACACUGCACAGAUCCCACUCACACUGCACAUACCCCUCUCACAUUGCACAUACCCACUCACACUGCACAUACCCCACUCACAGUGCACUCUCUACUCACACAGACCCCACUCACACUGCACAUAUCCAUUCACACUGCACAGACCCACUCACACUGCACAGACCCACUCACACUGCACAGAUCCACUCACACUGCACAUACCCCUCUCACACUGCACAUACCCCACUCACAGUGCGCAUACCCCACUCACAGUGCACUCUCUACUCACACAGACCCCACUCACACUGCACAGAACCCACUAGAAGUGCACAGACCCCACUAGCAGUGCACUGACUCUACUCACACUGUACAGACCCCACUCUUACUGUUCCGUCCUCACUCACAUUACACAGACCACUCGUACUAUUCACAAUACACAGUCCCCACUCACACUGUACCGACUUAUUGCAUAAGAGCCAGAUAGAUAAACUGACACCACGACCCCCAGUUAUAGAGCACAAAGGGCUCUCUGUAUUAGACUAGCCUUUAGACUAGCCUUUAUUAGAGCCCCCUCCUCCUUAUUAGACUCCUUAAUGAGACAGGGAGCCCCCUUCUACACUCAGCCUCUCACUCUCUCUACGGAUCACAGCCAGCAGGACCCGCAUUCAGCACCGCGGACAGCGACAGCCAGGACUUGCGGCUUUGUACAGAAUUCUGUGCCAUUUUUAUCCCAGUUUUCUGAAGGUGACUUGGCUGAACCGCGAUCCACUUUUUACUCUUCAGUAACCAUUUGUUUAACUUGCUGCUCACUGGAAACUGGAUUUGAGUUAAAACCUGACCUGAUCAACUGUACUCAUGGAGAAAGUUCUUUGGACUUUGCUUCUGCUUCCAGUCUUGACCCGCCAAAGUGGUGGUGGAGCUCCACCAAGACCAGAAAUACGUGUAGAUGGAGAUGUAGUAAUUGGUGGCCUCUUUCCAGUACAUGAAAAAGGAGGUCCUGGAGCUGAAUGUGGGAGGAUGAAUGAGCACCGUGGCUUGCAGCGUUUGGAAGCAAUGCUUUUUGCCUUGGAUUCAAUAAAUAGAGACCCACAACUGCUUCCAGGGCUCAGAAUAGGUGCACACAUCCUUGACACCUGUUCAAAAGAUACAUACGCUCUGGAACAGGCUCUGGAGCUAGUAAGAGGUUCCUUGACACGAGGAGAUGGGCCUCAACACCUUUGCCCUGAUGGAUCCUAUGCUAUUCAUGGAGAGACCCCAACAGCCAUCAGUGGAGUUAUAGGGGGCUCCUACAGUGAUGUGUCCAUCCAGGUUGCCAAUCUUUUGCGCCUCUUUCAGAUCCCGCAGAUAAGCUAUGCCUCAACGAGUGCCAAAUUAAGUGACAAAUCCCGUUAUGACUUCUUUGCACGCACAGUACCACCAGACUUUUACCAAGCCAAAGCCAUGGCAGAUAUCCUAAGGUUCUUCAACUGGACUUAUGUAUCCACAGUGGCAUCAGAAGGAGAUUAUGGAGAGACAGGUAUUGAGGCAUUUGAGCAGGAGGCACGGGCUCGGAAUAUCUGCAUAGCCACUUCAGAGAAGGUUGGACGUUCCAUGAACAAGAAGACCUUCACCAGCGUUAUUCGGGCACUGCAGCAAAAACCCACUGCUCGGGUAGUUGUCCUCUUUACCAAGAUUGAGGAUGCUCGAGAACUUCUGGCAGCAGCUCAACAACUGAAUGUGUCCUUCAUGUGGGUGGCCAGUGAUGGCUGGGGAGCUUUGGAGAGUGUGGUGUCUGGGAGUGAAGACGUGGCAGAAGGUGCUAUCACCCUUGAACUUGCAUCAUACCCAUUGUGGGAGUUUUCAGAAUAUUUCCAGUCACUGCACCCGUACAAUAACACGCGCAAUCCUUGGUUCCGGGAAUUCUGGGAGAACAAGUUUCAGUGCCGGCUUACGUCACCGGACUGUGCGGUACAUUCAUUGAGGAAUGUGAAAUUUGAACAGGAAUCCAAGAUAAUGUUUGUGGUGAACGCAGUGUAUGCUAUGGCUCAUGCCAUGAACAACAUGUACCUAGCUCUAUGCCCCAAUGUCAGUCAACCAUGUGCUGCCAUGAAUCCUAUAAAUGGACGACGCUUUUAUCGUGACUAUAUCCUUAAUGUAAAGUUCAGUGCCCCAUUUCCUCCUCCGGACACCCAUAGCACAGUUCGAUUCGACAAGUUUGGUGACGGAAUAGGUCGCUACAACAUCUUCAGCUUUCAGAACACAGAUGGUCGGUUCCAUUAUAAAAAAGUAGGUUACUGGGCUGAGGAGCUGACACUCAACACAAGUCUGAUCCCGUGGGCGCGUAGUGCAGUGCCUGUGUCCCAGUGCAGCGACCCUUGCAAAAAGAAUGAAGUGAAGAGCAUGCAGCCAGGAGAUGUCUGCUGCUGGAUCUGCAUCCCGUGCCAGCCCUAUGAGUUCCUUCUGGAUGAGUUUACCUGCAUGGCUUGCGAGCUGGGGCAAUGGCCCAAUACCGAGCUUAAUGGCUGCUAUGACCUGCCCCAAGAGUAUAUACGCUGGAGGGAUGCAUGGGCAUUGGGGCCAGUGUGCCUAUCCUGUCUGGGUUUAUUUUCCACCCUCUUUGCGGUUGGUGUUUUCUUACAGAACAAUAAUACUCCAAUUGUAAAAGCAUCUGGACGUGAGCUCUGCUACAUCUUGUUGAGCGGGGUUCUCCUCUGCUAUGCCAUGACUUUCAUCUUCAUCGCCAAACCAUCUUCUUCUAUCUGCACCCUACGACGCUUUGGACUUGGCACCUCUUUUGCAAUUUGUUACUCGGCCUUGCUCACAAAAACCAACCGGAUCGCUCGUAUUUUCAAUGGGGCUCGAGAUGGAGUCCAGCGCCCACGUUUUAUCAGCCCCGCAUCACAAGUAGGCAUCUGCUUGGUCCUAAUCUCCUGCCAGUUGCUUGUGGUGGUUAUCUGGUUGCUUAUAGAGCCACCAGGCACACGAAAGGACACAGCCCCCGACAAACGCUAUGUGGUGACCUUGAAGUGUAACAGCAGUGAUGGGAGCAUGCUAGUGUCUCUAUCCUACAAUGUACUUCUUGUCCUGCUUUGCACAUUUUAUGCUUUUAAAACACGCAAAUGUCCUGAGAACUUUAAUGAAGCCAAAUUCAUUGGCUUCACUAUGUAUACUACAUGCAUUAUCUGGUUGGCCUUCUUGCCUAUCUUCUAUGUGACCUCUAGUGACUACAGGGUCCAGACCACAACACUGUGUGUUUCAGUAAGUCUGAGUGGCUCUGUGGUUCUCGGCUGCCUCUUCACUCCAAAACUGCACAUCAUCAUGUUUCAGCCACAGAAAAAUGUUGCCAGCCAUCGCACUGCCACAAACCGCUACAGCGCCACAGGAACAGGAGUGCAACAUGCUGGGGAGGAGCGGUCAAGUGAUGGUGCCAUGUUUAACCAGGAACGCACAGCCGUGCAGUAUGUACCAACUGUGUGCAACGGGCGCGAAGUAGUGGACUCCACAACCUCAUCUCUGUGAUGGGAAUAGAGAGGGUGGGAUGUGACAAGAGCAGAUAAUACCGCAUGGCAGAACAAUACUUCCUCCCACUGCGUAAGCAGAGAUCAAGGAGCACAAAAUGUCACAAUGUGUCAAAUUAGGGGUGAAAAAAAUACAAGUGACCACGAUGUCCAACACCAUGCCCCGGGAUAAAAGAAAUACAUACAUAAAAAAUAUUGACAUGCAGAGAAACCGGCGCUCAACAUCUGCUGCUCAGUGGACCAUGACAACUGCCAAGAAGUGAAGGUGGAUUCUGACUAAGCCUCAAUUGAGGUUUGAAAGUAUUGCUUGCUGAGACUGCACAGCUCCUGGAACUGUGACAUUACGAACAUUCCAUAUCAGAAACAUUGUGGGUUCUAUGAAUCUGACCUACGAUGGAGACUAUGGUCAUUGUGAGGGUGGGGGAGGGAUAACUGUCGUGCUUCUAACUUGAAAAGACCAUUUUAUGUAGUAGACAUAACUGGCCAGCACUUUCCUUUAGCGUGAUAUAAGCGCUGCUAACGUUGGUAUAUGUAAAUAAAACAUGUUUGUAGUUUGAAA